AUGCAGCAUUUGGAGAUCCAUUAGGAAUCUUUGGCUACUAGUCUUAUCCAGGUUGAGUUUCAAAGUAGGGAAUGGUCAGAAAGUAUCAUUUUGGGAGGGCAAAUGGAUAGAUCGGAGGCCCCUGAAGCAGCUUUUCCCAGACAUUCACAUCUUAAGCCUACAACAAUAGGCCACUGUAUCUGAAAUGUGGACAGGAUAGGGAUGGAAUUUGCAGCUUAGGAGAAAUUUAAAUGAUUGAGAGAUAGAGAGGAUAAGUGCUUUCUACAAUACUAUGGAAUCAUUUAACAAUCUAACAGGGGAAGAGGACACAAUAGUAUGGAAGAUUGGCAGUAAAGGGGUUUUCAGUGUAAACUUUGCAUACAAUGAUUUCAUCAUCUCACAAAGAAGAGAAGAACUCUGGCCAUGGAAGAUGAUAUGGAGGGUCAAAAUCCCUUACAAAGUCAACUGUUUCUCCUGGUUGUUGGCUAAGGAAGCAGUGUUAACAUAAGAAAAUAUGAAGAAAAGGGGUUUCCAACUAUGUUCUUUAUGCUAUUUAUGUGGGGAACAAGCCGAGACAGUUAACCAUCUCUUUUUACAUUGCAAAUGGGCGGAUCAACUUUGGAGGAUAUUCAUCAGUCUAAGGAAGAUCACUUGGGUAAAACCAAGGAACAUUGAAGGUGUUCUUAAGUGUUGGAUCAAAGUGGGAAAUACUACAGAAAAGGAGGAGAGACGGAAGAUUGUCCCGGCAUGUAUAUGGUGGACAAUAUGAUGAGCUUCUCCGCUAUUUUGAAGGUUCAAAUUUCUGUGUUUUUAAUGCAUGGAUUUCUUUCAAAGUUUUUAUCCUGCAUAUAUUGGGUUACUGAAAUGCAUGUAGAUGGCUUCCGCUUUGAUCUUGCUUCUAUCCUUACAAGAAGUACCAGCUCGUGGGAUGCUGUAAAUGUCUAUGGAAAUUCAACUGACGGUGACGUGAUCACCACAGGCACUCCUCUCACAAGUCCACCAUUGGUUGAUAUGAUUAGCAAUGAUCCAAUACUUCGUGGAGUAAAGCUUAUAGCUGAAGCGUGGGACUGUGGAGGCCUUUACCAAGUUGGCAUGUUUCCGCACUGGGGUAUCUGGUCGGAGUGGAAUGGAAAGGUUUCAUGCAUGCGAAGUAGAGUUUCAGAUGUUUCUUCUUGGAUUCCCUUCUCAUACACCGGAACAUUAUAACGUUGUGAUGAUACCAUAUAAUUUGUGGAGUCUCUUGCGCAAAAGGAGGUGCUGGAAUAAUGACUCUUGAGAGUAAGAUUCUUGUUCUUGUUCUGUAAUUAUGAGCUUCACUCUGAUCUUCUUAAAUUCCAGAAGAUCAACAGAAAGAGCUGGCACGAAGAGGAAAUGCACUUUAUACUCUGCAGGUAAGAUUAGAGUGGAUUGGACUUGAAUAGGGAGAACUGGAACGAAGAGGAAAAGUACUUUAUACUCUGCAGGAAGGAUUAUAGUGGAUUGGACUUGAAUAGGGAGAAAUGGAUAUAGAGAAUAGCCCACAUUAUUUUGGAAAUGAUUUGACAUGCUCUAGAAGUUUAGGUAACAAUUGAAAUUACUUUGUUUCUCUGCACACGAGCUGAAGACAUCUAAUAUAUAUGGGUGUUGAUAAAUAUUACUUUAAUCAGAUACACUAUUCUAUCAACUCCUUUAUUUUCCACUCUUUUUCAGAAAUUAAAGUAAGUAAAUUUUAUUAAAGCAAAUACCUAGGUGUUACUGCAAAAUAAGAAGUUACAAAAAUUACAUAGAUCACCAUAAAGGAGCUGUUCUCCAAGGCUUCUUUUUCACUUUUAUUUUAUAGAUAGUACAAUCUCAUCUUUUUGUCGUUGAAUAUGUCACAAUUGACGUGAUUUUAAGAUUCAACACCUAUUAUAUUCUGUAUCCAAUUUUGCAAAUCAUUUUUUAGUUCAAACCCCAUGUCUCAUGUUGGAUUUUGGCUGCAAAAUCUUGGUGACAGCUAGGAAGAAAGAAAACAAUAUAGAACCUCAUGUUUGUAGUUUUGCUGGACCAAUCUUAGGAAGUCUUGUGAUUGUUUUCUGGUGAAAAUCCUUGCGACUUCAGUACUAUUUUGUAUAUAAAGGCUUAGCAGAUUAAAUAGUCGCUGCCAGAGUGCCAAGAGGGAACAGAGUGCCAAGAGGGAAGGGGGGUUUCUAUGGCCCAUUACUCAAGUUUUUUUUUCGAGUCAAAGGUAAUUUCGUAUUAACAAAACCUCAUCAUCCCAGAGAUGAUGAUAGAUCUUACAACUCCCAAUCAAAUGGAUUUUCCUCCUAGCAGACUGCCCAAAAAAAGAAACUUUACAAAUUACCUAUGUAAUCUACUAGAUCUAUGGUAUUCCCCCAAUUUCUUGUUUACACCAAAAAUAAAGUAAGCUAAGGCAAUGGCUUUUAGUCUUCUGGAUGCUGCAACUCUUGCCUCCAAAGCACCUGGAAUUUCUUUCUUUCCACAGCAUCCACUAGACACAAGCUGGAAUACUCAACCACCAAUCUUCUGUUGAACCUCUCUUCCCAGUUCCAAAUGCUAGUGUGUACCUUGGCAUUGUCCAACUGAUCCCCAGGAUACAAAAAAACAGGUUCCACAAUUUUUCAGCUGUGUUACAAUGCAGAAAUAGGUGGCUAUUCACUUCUACAUCUUGAUUAC